AUGGAGCACCAACAGGCUGAUAACUGCAUGAUCCAAGAGCGAACAAAAACCAUAAAAAAAGAAGAAAAAGAAAAAGAAGAAGAGGAAGAAGAAGAAGAAGAGGAGAAGAAGAAGAAGAAGAAGAAGAAGAGGAAGAGUGGUAAUAAAUAAAUCAAACUUCACAUUAAGGUUGAAGUGAUUAAAGUGGAGAAACUACAUCUGCAGAUUUGAUGACACUCAGAUUUUCAUUCAUGAUGUUGUUUUUAAAAUCGUGUUUCCAGGUAAAAAGGUAAAUUCUCCUCCAAUCAGAGCCGACCCUGACACGUCCGAGUUCAUAUUUCACAUGAUCACACUUUUAUAAAAUUAUUGAAGCUUUACUUUCACAGACUUUUUAACUAAAAUGUUUAAUAUCUCUGAUUCAGUGGUUAGAGGAAGAGAAGAAUCAAUUAAUCAAUAACUAAAUCUACAUUCAUAUUGGUGCAUUAAGUUGAACCUGCUGCUGUUUUGACGACGUUAACGAUAUAAACAGCUGAAAUAUGAGUCUCUAUAUUAUUGAUUGUAAAUGAUCAAAAUUCUAAUUUCUGAGAUUAAAUUUGUAAUUAAAAAUAAAAACAUGUUUCAGUCUCAGAUUUAAGGACGCCGUCUUUAUUUCAGGGUCAUUAUCAGAUUUGACUCAAACUGGACUCUGUCUCCAGUUUCAGGACUUCCUCCUGUGGGACUAAUGAAGGAACAUCUGAUCAGUUUUCUGUUAUUUCACAGACGACCUCUGCACGCCUCCAUCACCUGUUUUUGAUUUCUCCUCGUUCACAGUCUGCUGAUCUGAGUUUGUGAUGAACAUGAAGAGGAGAAACAAACACGCUGCUGCUCUGAUAACAAAACACUAAAAUCAUUUAUAGAUAUUUCAGAAUAAAACACCUAAACACUGAUUUUUAUGGUUCUCAUUUAAAUCUCAAAUUUGAUUAAAAUCAAAAAUAUCAAUAAUAUUGAUCAAAUUCAAAGACAAUAUUUAUCCACUCAUUUUAAAUCUUAAACACCUUUAAACAAAAUUAAAACAAAAUUUUAUCAUUUUAGAAAAUUAAACUCAUAUGGAGGUGAAGGUCCAACAGGUUAGUCACAUGACCGGGUCUGAGACGGACCUUCAGAGAGGCCGGGACUCUCAGAGGUUCAGGACUCUGUGAGAGACCGCGUGAGCGAACCGGUCAACAGUUUCAGGAUAAAGUUCCUGAUUCCUACAGAAGAUCAGUCAAAGAUUCAGAGGGUCUGGAGAAAUCUCUGUACUAAAGGGGGACAAGGACCAGAACCAGGACUGGACAAGAACCAGAACCAGGACUGGAUGGUCUCAGGGCAAAAAUUCAGACAUGACUCUGUGGUGGAAAUCACGGCAUGGACUCAGAAUCACCUGUGAACUCAGAUCAUCACUGCAGGAGACCAGAUAGAAACCAGAUCCAGAACCACCAGAGACCUCUGUGGACCAGAGUCCAUUUAAGGUGUAAAUCUGUCCUCUGGUCUAAUGAACCAAAACCAGGUUUUCUUGUAGAAAUGAUGGAGACCACGUCCCUCACUGAAGACACUGACCUCAUUAUAAAGGAUCAGUCCUAAAAAAGAGACUCUGAACUGAAAUCCUACAUCAGGACCAGAACGGGACAGUUUUAAAACUCCAGAAACUGGACUGAUCCGGACCGUCCAAGUGGAGACAAAGAUUCUCCUAAUGGACCAGAGAAAGUUCUGCUCAGAGACUCGAAUCUGUUCACACAUUUAGGUCAAUAAAUAUAAAGUCAUUAUCUUUAAUUAAGGGGAGACAAAUAAUCUGGGUCGGUCUUCUUAUGACUGAGAGGUUCUAAUCAGGAACCAGAACUCUCAGGAACCAGAACUCUCAGGAACCAGAACUCUCAGGAACCAGAACUCUCAGGAACCAGAAUUCUCAGGAACCAGAACUCUCAGGAACCAAAACUCUCAGGAACCAGAACUCUCAGGAACCAGAACUCUCAGGAACCAGAAUUCUCAGGAACCAGAACUCUCAGGAACCAAAACUCUCAGGAACCAGAAUUCUCAGGAACCAGAACUCUCAGGAACCAAAACUCUCAGGAACCAAAACUAUCAGGAACCAGAACUCUCAGGAACCAGAACUCUCAGGAACCAAAACUAUCAGGAACCAAAACUCUCAGGAACCAGAAUUCUCAGGAACCAGAACUCUCAGGAACCAAAACUCUCAGGAACCAAAACUCUCAGGAACCAGAAUUCUCAGGAACCAGAACUCUCAGGAACCAAAACUCUCAGGAACCAGAAUUCUCAGGAACCAGAACUCUCAGGAACCAGAACUCUCAGGAACCAGAACUCUCUGAACAUUUAG